CCAUAACACAGAGAUGCAAGCAGGAACACAAAAUUAGAAAUAAAUGCUAGGAAAAACACCCUGAUUGUAAAGAGAGAGGAAGUAAGAAGAGGUGAUGCACAAGCUGUUUUUAAAUCCAAGUCUUGAUGCAAAGAGCUUUGGACAAAAAUAGGACUAAUCUGGGCUGGAGCAAGAAAGGUGUAUGGAUAAAGUAAGUGACAGAAUGUAUUAAGAAUAGAUUUAUUUGAUACAUGGUACAUCAGUUUUGUUUUAAUCUCUGGCUUGGGUGAUUUGGAUGGGACAGUCGCUUUUCCUCACAGAAAAUGCCUCUUCUUUGACAAAAGAAGUGUCUUGAUAGCAAUUCCAGUCACCGCCAGAGACACAAAACCUCCAAACCUCCCAAAGCCCGUGAGGUCUCUGUGCUGUCCUGCUGGGGGGCAGUGUGUGUGCCCACCCCUCUGUGCUGAGUGAGCACCUGAGGUUUGCUGCCUUCUGCCACCACAGCACAGGCUCUGACCUUCCCAGGAUCAUCAUCUUCUCUGUUUACAAUUAGGGCUGCAGAAUAGAGAGUUUAACACCAUCUUGUACACGCCCAGUUUCCUCCUGUAGUUGCUUUUAGGGUUUAGUAUAUUGGAGACUGGAGUGUUGGUUGUGUGGGUAUGUUGGAAGAUGGGUUGUUUCUGCAUAUCACUGGAAAAACUCUGCCUUCAGAUGGCCUCAGAAAGGAGAGGAAGGUAAAAUGUGGCAGAUUUUUCUUUGGAGAUUGGUGUAGGAGCCAGAGGGGAGUAAUGCACCAGUAACACCAGCACUUACCUCCUUAAAGGAAAGCAACUGAGAAAAACCCACAUUCCAAGUGCCUUUGGAAGACCACCAUUCCUGCAGCUGUGAAUUCAGCUUGAGUGCUGCCUGGUUGGGGACACCAGUGAAAAAUCAGCACACCAGCUGUAGAAGUUGAAGGUUUCCUCAAAAUGCAGGAAAAUGGGAGAUUCGAAAAGCAGCUGCACCUCUGGAGUGAUUUGGGUGUUUGACUUCUGAUGCUUCUGACAGAGCUGGGGCUGUCUGGCCAGGGCCAUCUCACCAGGGGCCUCUGAGGGGGUUUCUGAGAAAACUGCACAGGUGUAUUGUGCAGGAUAUACAGGAGUCUGCAGCACCCCUUGGGGCACUGCAGGGAGGUGCUUUGGAAAAGCUUCUGGGGACAUUAAGCCUUGCUGUGCCUGUGCUUUAGUGUCUCCAAAAGUGUUUAUUUGCUUCUGAGUGGCUCCAGGUUAUUACAUUGCCUGCACAGCUGGAUAAUGUGCCUGUGAAUAUGUUGUUCCCAAAAGGAUUGUGUGAGGGGAAAAGGGGAAAGUUUAAAUGUGCCUUUAUGAAAAUGAGCUGCUGGAGCUGGCAGCUCCUUCCCAGCUGUGCCUCUUGGUUUCAGUUGUCCAAGCAACCCAAACUUGUCCUCUGAGCAUUGCAAGGUGUCAAGAGCAAAACCAGUGAGAGAAAGAGGCAGUGGAAAGCCUGGGAGGAAGGUGUCAAAGGGAGCCCAGCACUUGGUGGACUUGUCUGCUGCUCCCCCAGUUCUGGAAAGUGGAGGUGUUGAGGAGGCCACCACAGCUGGGGCUCAGCCAGUGUCUGUGUCUCCAUCAGCUGUCUGUGGACAUUUAGGAGCCCGAAUGCUCAGGAGUCCCAUUUUCACUGAAGUUGGCCCUGAAAUGUGGUGUGUGGAGCACUAGUGCCCUCAGUUGGGGAAUCCCUUGCUCUGGGACCUGCUGUGGUAGUUUCCACCUGGUCUCCCCGUGUCUUCUUCCUUCCCUCUCUCUUCCAUCCAGUUCUCAGCACCUUUUCCUCCCUCUGGCUCAUUUUUGCCACACAUUUUUGCAUGUGCAUUGUUUCUUCUCCUACUGUAUGUGACUCUUGACCAGAUAAUGUUUAAGCUUCCUGGUGUGGGGACCAUAAACACAACUGUUGUGAGGAAACAUAUUUAUUGUUCCUGAAGCAUUUGUGGUUUUAUGGCACAUUUGUAAGGCAGUGGUGAGCAGUAGAGGAAAGUCAGUGAUUUACAUAAAAACCUGAAGCAGAGGUGCAUGUGGAGACCAGGAAAUCUGCACAAAAAUGCUCUUUUUUGUCCUUACCCCUGGAUGACAAUUCAUUACCAUACACAAAGCUCUUGUGAGGCUUCUUUAGCCAGUAGCUUUUAAUUGCCCUGUUGAUGAGAAUGUUUUUCUGCCUAGGAGAACACAGCUGUGUUUAUUUCAACCUGUUGAAAUUAAUUGAUGUGGAGGACAAGCCCAUAACUCUCCUCUCUUCCUGCUAUUCCUGUCAAGCUUGGGAGGGACCAGAUCUCUGUAGUAACUGUAGAGAAGCUACACCCUGGACAAUGAUCUCCUCACCACUCAGCAGAGGCAGUUCUAUGAAGACAAUGGGUAUCUGCUCAUCAAGAAGCUCGUUUCUGAUGAAGACAUCGAGCGCUUCAGGAGGGAGUUCAUGAGGAUCUGUAAAAGAGAGGUGAAUCCACCAGGAGCUAUGAUUAUGAAAGAUGAGUCCCUGAGAUCCCAGUUUGGUCAGUCUGAAAAAGUGGUUAAUAAAGUGCAGGACUUCCAGGAAGAUGAAGAACUGUUCAGAUACUGCACUCUGCCAGAGGUCCUCAAAUAUGUUGAGUGCUUCACAGGGCCAAACAUCAUGGCAAUGCACACCAUGCUGAUAAAUAAACUUCCAGAUUCUGACAAACAGACUUUUCUCCACCCCAUGCAUCAGGACCUGCACUAUUUCCCGUUCCGGCCCGCGUCCCGCAUCGUGUGCGCCUGGACCGCCAUGGAACGGGCCGACCAGGACAACGGCUGCCUCGUUGUGCAGCCCGGGACACACAAGACCACCCUGAAGCCUCAUGGCUAUCCCACGUGGGAGGGUAAAACCAACAAACUUUUCCAUGGGCUGCUUGAUGAGGAUGAGAAGACUCCCAAGGUUCACCUUGUCAUGGAGAAGGGAGACACAGUGUUCUUCCAUCCCCUGCUCAUUCAUGGCUCUGGGAUAAACAAGACAUCGGGUUUCCGAAAGAGCAUAAGCUGUCACUUUGCCAGCUCAGAGUGCUACUACAUUGAUGUCAAGAACACGACUCAGGAGCACCUGGAGAAGGAACUGCAGGAAGUGGUCCGCAAGAAAUACAACGCGACUUCCGUGGAGCUCAAGGAUAUCUGGAACUUCCGAGCACGGCUUGUGCAGGGGGAAAGAAUUAACCUGUAGAAGACCCUCUGAAGAGCAGAAUGGAAAACAAGUGCCUGGGAAAGAGCUUCUCUGGGUGGGGGAGACUGCAGACCCUGCCUGGGCAGCCAGAAUUCCAUGUGCUUUGUUGGCCUCUUUAGUGGUAACUCAGCCAAAUGCUGCAUUGCAAAAUUGUUCUAUGCUAAUACAGAAUAAUUACCCUGAGGUUGGACAGCAAGGAAAACCUAAUCUAGAAAACCAGAUUUGCUGUGGAUGUCUUAGAGAAUUGAAGAGUUAAGGUCUUGAAAGAACACUUUGAUUUUCCUGAUGUUUUCUUUCUUGUUUCUUAAAUGUUUCCCACAUGACACACCUUUGGAAAGAUGCUAUACUAACAUGAGAAAAAUUUCCAGCGUUCCCAACUUCCUUUUCUAUGCAAAGAAAAAAACAAAAAAAAAAGAAGAGUUUCACAGAAGCCUGACAUGGGAAGUUGUUAGUAGAGCUGAUAAAGAUGGGGGUGUUGGUACCAGCAGAACCAAUGGUGUAAGGAACUACAUAAAGGGAAAGCAGCAAUGACUCAUAUAGAAGAAUGGGAUUUGUGGGCAGGAAUAUGAUUGCUGGUAGAGUUCCUCAGACAUGGCUUGCUGUGGCAUCGUACCUGACCGAGCAGUGCUGGCACAAGUGAAAUAUGUGUCUGAUGGGGUUGGGAGAUACUGGGCCAACGAACCAGCCUCCCAUUGGCCUUGCACAACUGAUCCAAAGCUGUGUCAAGUGAGGGAAGUCCUCCUUUGAGACUGGUGGGACUGGGAAAAGGUGCCUUUUGCUGCUGCCAGGUUGAGGAGGUGGUUGGAUGCUCCUUGGGACACAGUGGUGGCAGGGUGGAGAGAUGUGCACUGAGAUGAUCCUCUCACCUUUGACAAUGUUUUUUCUUGCUUUCUGAAAGAUCCUUUCACUUUCAGAAUCUAUUUUUUGAAAUACAGAAUAAAUCAGAACCAAACUGCA